GCACUUUAAUCUCUGGGAAGCCAACUGGCACAGACCUGCCAUUUGACUAGCUGGCAACUUGCAGACGAAGAAAAUCUGCAUGGAGACUGUCCUGGGUGCCCUCUGGCUUUAUUAUUUAUAGCAGAAUCAAUAAGGGGAGCUCCACUAGCCUGGAACUCACUCACAGCAAAGUCCCAGCCUUUCAGCAUUGCUGGAUGGGGAGGUUACCUGAAAGGAGCUGUCCCUGCCUGUGACCAAAAUCAAGUCAAUACACUGGAAGAAGAUCAGCCUGGAAAAGCGAGAUUAAGCACAAAAAGAUGCACUUUCAAUAGCAGCUUUUCUGUGCAGCAGUCAGCACCCUCAUGUCUCCAGUAUUAAUUGCUGCAUUACCACUGCCCUGCAAGGCAGUCAGCAAAGCGUGGGAAAGCAAACUCCUUCUCCCUCUUGCUCUCUGGUGAGGCUUGCUGUGUGCCUGUCCUUAUCAAGUUCUAUCAGGCCACAUGCAUUCUCAGGAUAUCAUCUAAAGUGUGUACACACGCCAGGGCGAAGCUGAAGGGGAGAACCUCUACGUUUCACAAAGACAAUACCUUGCUUCCUCCUGUGAUCAUCCCUGGAAGCUUUAUAGAAGCAAAUCAACAGCUCAGAGGCUGUGGUUCUGUGUCUGAGCCCACCGCCAGAGUUUUGUGCAUUGCACAAAGUACCACUGAAGUAAUAACGGAUUUUUUUUGAGCUCCUGGACUUUGCAAGAGAGCAAAUCCUUCCUCUACAUUUGAACCAUGAGUGGCUGUUCAAAGAGAUGUAAGCAUGGGCUUGUGAAAUUUGCCCAGACCGUCUUCAGGAUCAUCACCGGCACGCUCAACAAAGAUAAAAUUGAAGAUGAAUUAGAAAUGACCACAGUGUGCUAUCGGCCCGAAGGACUGGAACAGCUUGAAGCACAAACCAAUUUCACAAAGAGGGAACUUCAAGUGCUUUACAGAGGAUUUAAAAACGAAUGUCCUAGUGGGGUUGUUAAUGAAGAGACCUUCAAACAGAUCUAUGCACAGUUUUUUCCACACGGAGAUGCUAGUAUGUAUGCCCAUUAUCUGUUCAACGCGUUUGACACGGCACAGAAUGGCUCUGUGAAGUUUGAGGGUUUUGUGAUGGCACUCUCGAUCUUGUUGAGAGGAACAGUACACGAAAAGCUAAGAUGGACAUUUAAUCUUUACGACAUAAACAAAGAUGGCUAUAUAAACAAGGAGGAAAUGAUGGAUAUAGUAAAGGCAAUUUAUGAUAUGAUGGGCAAGUACACAUAUCCUGUUCUCAAGGAAGAUGCUCCAAGACUGCAUGUAGAAGUUUUCUUCCAGAAAAUGGAUAAGAACAAAGACGGGGUUGUAACUUUAGAUGAGUUUAUUGAAUCCUGUCAGGAGGAUGACAAUAUUAUGAGGUCCUUACAGCUCUUUGAGAAUGUGAUGUAACCACAUCUGAGAGGCAGCACAGGAACCAGAGACUUUGUAUGGAAUGAAAAUCUUCUUUCUGGCCGAAAGCUUUUUACAGCUCCGCUAUGCUGCGUGAACAAGGAUUGUGUAAGACAUCUCCUACCGAGCUGCGUUCCCGAAUGCAACAAACUCCCAUCUCUCCUCCCCAAGAGACACCGACUGGAAGUUAUUUCAUUUUGGAAGCAUGCUAAUAGUUUCAUACAGCCUGGUGAGCAAGCCCUGCUGCUUGAAGUUUAAUGAAUAAUAUGCUACCUUCUCUUUGCUCGCCACAAGUUCUGCUGCUUUUUCAUCUAGCAAACUUGAUCACAUAUGGUAGCACCAUGUCCGUAGCUUGCUAAGCCCAUCUAUUGUGAGUGGAAACUCAGCCCAUUCCAUCAUAAAACAAUAUGUUGUAUAAAUGUCGUCUUUAUUUUGCUUGGGCGGAAGCCUACUCUACCAGGACGUCUCUGUUUAGAUUUUUAAAACUAACACCCGAUUUAUUUAGUAUGUUAAAUGGAGUGUCCAGUUCAUUGAAAAACCAUAUAUCCCACUUUCCUCAACAUUCCUGAGUUGUCUCUCACAUACACUGGUGUCACUCCAUUCAGAUUCAUGGAGUUGCUUCUAAAAUAUACCAGUCAGCAUGUCUAGACUACAUCCCUUUUUCGAAAGAGG